CAUGAACCUGACGCAGAGACAACCCGACCUGACGUGUUUUGUGCUGAACUGACGUCCAGUGAAGGAAGACCAAGGCAAACCUUUUGACCCUAAAGUAAUUUCCAUAUUUUCCAAUAUGGAAAGCGAUAAUUCAUAUUUCGAUUUGGAAAUUGUUCGUGAUAAUUUCAGAUUAGCCAAGGUAGAAGAUGACGACGUUAACCUAGAAUUAUAUUUGAAAAGUUUCGAUGAAUUAAACAAAUUCUUUUGUCUGCUGGGUACAAUUUUUGGUUUUGUGAAGUCCGAACUUGCUGGAAAAAUGAGUAUACUGAGAGAUUUUUUGAGUAAGCCUGAUGAAGCCCAUCAUUUCUCAACUGUUCUGAAAAUGGUGGAAUAUGAAAAGGAACAUAAUCUUUUGGAGAAGGAUGAUUAUGUUUCGGGAUCUAGAACGUUGCUUCGUCUCCAUAGAAGCUUGGAAUUUAUUCAAGCAUUUUUGAAAAGUAUUAACGAUUUGAAGGAAAAUGAGAGUACAUCUGGGCCUUGUGUUAAAGCAUAUGACGAUACUUUAGGUCACCACCACUCUUUUCUAGUGAGAACAGGUGCUAAAAUUGCUAUGUAUACUUUACCUACCAAGCAUCAGUUACUUUCUAAUGUUUGUGGUAAUGAAGAAAACAUUAAAAAAGCUGAGGAGAUACUACCAGAAACACUAGAGAUAACUUCGGAAAUAUAUAAUAGAAUUCAGAAAAUUUAUGAGGAUCGUGAUCUCUUGUCAUUGAAAUAAUAUGCCUAUUUUUCCUCUUCUCAGUUAUUGGUUAAACAGAAAUGGAAUAAAGUUUCAGUAAAACCUCACUAAUCCGUUGCUGAACGUUAAGAGUUUGAUCGUUACAUAAAAAAAAAUCAGAUUAUCAAAAGUAUGAAAUUUUUAUUUUUUGUAGUUCAUACACAUUUGAGAAGACGAUAGUCCAAGGUAAAUUAUAUACCUUAUUUAUUGAAAAUUAGAAAUAAACUUUAUGCUGAGAAAUCAGUAUGGUUCAUUUGUUUGGAAGGUGACAUUCAAUGGAUCCACCACACCAUCCAACUAAUGGAGUGAUGAUUAGAGUGGUUCUACUGUAUUUUAGUUUUUAAAUAUUGACAUAAGUAUUGCUCAUUCAAAAAUUUUAUAGUAUUGAUUCUGAUUGAAAUGUGAAGUAGCUCAAUUAAAAAAGAACGUCUCAAAUUACUUCUAAAUUUGUAUCUAACGUAUAUCAGAAUUCUACUUAUGUCCGAUAUUUUCAUGAUAUAUCAAUAGUAUAUGACAAAAAUUUAUAGAUGUGAAGAGACUAUCAUUCACAACCUUUUUGAGUAGGAAAAUGUGUUGGCAGUUUGUUUACAACCAGUAUUAAAUAUUUUUCAGUGCCCUGCAUUGAUAAGGUUUUUGCUUUGGUGAAUUUUGCCAAAGAUAUUUAGGCAAUUAUUCCAUAUUAAGCUCAAGCUUGCCAUGAUAUAGUGGAGUUUCCUGUGUUCAUUCAUAAACUCAAAAUCAGGUGCUUUUGCAAAGAUCAUUUUUGAUCUAUUUUAAGUUUUGUUUUUAUGUAAUGGAAUGAUCUUAAAUCCACUAAGAUAUUAUAGAUAUUGAUGCUUGAUUUAAUGUGAAAAUUAUCAAUCUUUGCAGAUUGAUAUAAGGGUCAUUUAUGACAAAGUGGAUUUCUUUGAAUUUAUACUCGAGGCUUUCCAAAAAUUUUCAUGCAUUUAUUAUUGAAAUAUGUGAAUUGAAUAAAAUUAUUAUUCAACACAUGAUUUCAUAAUUCUCGAUGUGGUAUUAAAUUAUUAAACUAAAUAUAUAGAACAUAGUCAGAAUUUAAAAAUCCUAAAAUCAAUAUAUCUAACUCCUAGAAAACAUGUACUUUACUUCAAAUAAAGUAUACACUGCUCCUACUUUACAUGUAUAAGAAAAGAAUUUUUCUCAUAACGUGAUUGCUCUAUGCUUCAAUGUAUUUCAACUCAAUUAUAAUAAGUACUACAUCUCAGGUUACAUCAAAUGAACGAUAAAAAAAUGAUUUUGUGUGAAAAAAUUUGUAUUGUAUUAUUACUAAGUAUAAUUACGUUGUAUAAUUUUUCAUGUAUUAUUAUUUUCAAAGCAAUACCGCAGGUUAAGCCUGCAUUCAAAUCGUCUGGAACGACGACAAUGAUUUUAAAAGAAUGAACGAUAUAUAAUAUCUCAUAAUGAUUCCUUCAAAAUUGAUUAUGAUUUCGAUUAGCUCGAUAUAAAAAGUAUAUUGAAGGCUGUUAAUUCGCAAAAUGAAUAAAUUAUAUAUUGACGAAAA